AUGGAGGCCUUGGCGGAGGAGAUCCUGCGCGAGAUCCUGCUGAGGCUGCCGACGAGGGACGUCGGCCGCGGCCGCUGCGUGUCACAGCAAUGGCGCAGUCUCCUCACCGACCCGUACUUCAUCGGCGUCCACGCCCACUCCAGCCACGUCGUCUCAGGCGCCGCGGCGGAGGCCCUCCUCGUGUCCAAGACCCAGAUGCAGGGGUGUAGCCCCGAGCUGACAGUGUUCAACGUGUCCACGGCGGCGACCAUGUGCGUUGUGGCCGGCCACCCGGACGAGUACGGCCCCACAAACGCCUGCAACGGCUUCCUCCUCCUCGCCGCGAACACCGUCCCCUGGAUGCCAGUCUUCGUGUGCAACCCCGUCACCGGCGACAAGCUGCGGGUCCUGCCGCCGCUCAGGAGCGGGAUCGACUCGGGCGCCCACUGUCACCUGCACGCCAUGGGGUACAGCCCGUCGACGCGGCACUACAAGCUCUUCCGCCUCUCCCUCACGGCCCACGACGGCCUGCACGAGAAUUACGUCCACGUGCUCACCCUGGGCGGCACCGAUGGCGGCGUGUGGCGCCGGCACCGGGGGCUCUACCGGUGCCACGGGAUGGACUCAAUGCCGGCGCUAAUCGAUCACAGAUUGCACGUGUUGUGUAUGAAGCGGGAGCAUGACACGAAGCCCAACAGGCUGCUGGUGGUCGACGUUGCCAGCGAGAGGCACCGCAUGUACUGCCUCCCGGGGUACAACGCCGAGGAGGCGGUGGCCACCGCCUUCGACCUGCAUGGCCGGGUGUGUGUAGCCGUGCACGAGCUCGGUCCGCGCCGCGGCAAGCUCUAUUUCUGGGUCGUCCGGCCGCAGGGGGGCCAUGGUUGCUUGUACCUUUCACCGCUCACCUGGGAAAUGCGCUACAGCUUCGACAUGGGCACCACCAGCGGCAGUCUCAUCAGCUUGCAUGCCCUGACCCCAUCAUGUGCCUGGCUAGACGUUGACGACGGUAUGCUCUACUACCUAUAUGGCAACCGUGUGUACAAGCACGAUACCAUGAAGGGAAGCCGGCGACAGGGCUGCAUGAAGGUGUAG